AUGACAAUGGUACAAGAGUCAAUAUAUAAUCAAGAACAAGUGCUUGAAUUGUUAACACCUCCACUAACAGUUACAUCUUCUUCUUCUUCUACUAAUCACGUGGGACUUUAUGCUGCAACACUUUUGUAUUCAGCCGAUGGCCGUUACGUCUUUCAACGUCAGGCGCAUGUUGUACGUGUGUUACAUGCUCCAAGUGGCCGUCUGUUGCACGAAUGUACACGUUCCACAAGUACCAGCACCGUGUGUGCAUUUGCGCUACAUCCUCACAAUGCUUUGCAAUUAUUGGCUGCUUAUCAAGAUGGCUACAUUUUACUAUGGGAUUUUAUGGAGCAAAAAUCACUGGUUGAGAUUGAUACAAAAACUCAGAUACUAUGGAUGGCCUCUAGUCUUACAAGUCCAUCGCAAUUACUAUUAAUUGUAAGUACAAAUACGAGUGAAAAGAAGAAUUCAUGGUGUUUAGUGGAAUUUAGUCUAAAAAAGAAGACACGUGGUCGUACGUUAUUCGAAUCAAGUUCAUUCUUUCAAGCUGCAGCAUUACAGAGUUAUUUACAGCCUCAAAAUGAUGGAAACAAGGGGAUUCCAAUAUCAGGUGAUUAUCUAGUAAUUGCAGCUGGUCAGAAGAUUAUUACAGGAUGGCUACAUGAUCAACACGAUGCCAAGGAUUCAAGCAAUCGAGUGUUUAUACAACAGAAAUUUCAUCAUGUUCGAAAUGUUACGUGCAUUGCUAUUCAUCCAAUUCAACGGGAGUUUUCGAUUGGUGAUCAAGUGGGACAGAUAUUUCGAUAUAAUCCAUAUCAGUCAACUGGGAGAGACUCUACAGUGUCAACAGCUAUGAUGCAUUGGCAUUCACAUGCUGUACAUUGCAUGCAGUACUCGAACGACGGUCAAUUUUUGCUAUCAGGUGGUGAAGAAUGUGUACUGGUAACUUGGCAAUUGGAAACAGGUCGUCGAUCCUACUUGCCACGUCUUUCAGCACCCGUGGAGGUUAUUGCACUCCGCAAAGAUGGGGGUGUCUUUGUAGUGGGUCUUGCAGACAAUGUUCUUUUUCAAUAUAAUCCAGUGACACGUGAACAGGAGUGGGAGGCGCGUGGAUUGGCUCGUGGUGGUAGGUCGGCUGCCGACUCGCUACCGACUCGUCAGUUGGUAGUAGAUCCCGUCUCCAAAGCGCUGGUGAUGAAUGGCUCGUCAGGUGCUGGUGUGCUGCAGUUUUACGAACCGUUCACUGACCGUGUCUUGCAGACGCUGUUGCUAUCAGAGCGCAAUCAAGUGACGCGCACAGAUGACGAGGUACUGCCGACGCUACUGGCUUCGCACACGUGCUUUAGCUCCUGUGGUGGUGCCCUUGUCACGCUUCACGCGCCAACUACGAUGAAGGAGUGCAAUGAACAGAGUUUGCGGUUUUGGACGCGUCAUGUAGACGGCUCAUUCUUUGUAAAUACUGCGGUUGAUGCACCUCAUGAUCGCGCUCGUGUUACAAGCGUAGUGUUUUCACCUACGGUUGAUAGCGACUGCGUAGUAACAGCUGACGACGAAGGUGAUUUUAAGGUGUGGCAAAAGUCGGUAGCGGAGACAGGUGGUGCGUCGUGGCACUGCCAAUCUGUGGUCCGCUUUCGCGACGAGCCAAUCACAGCAGUGGGUUUUGCACGUGAUGGUUCAUUGCUUGCUGUGGCUUACGGCAAUAAACUUACUAUUUGGGAUGUCACGACACGCUCUCUGCGUCGUGUGCUUCCUUCGGCUGAUGGUCAGAAGAUUAAUCAGAUUGUGUUUCCAGGCAUAAAUUCGCCUUUUGUCGUGGUGGUGACAGCCAGCCAGGUGCAGGUUUGGAGCCUGUUGUCUCUGUCGCUUUGGUGGCGUUACACUGUGCCGAUGAAUGCUGUUGUUGCCGAAGAGGCGCUGCAUGAACGUUUCCUGAUCUGGAUGUCUGUGGAGGAGGGCCCGACGAACAAAACGUUAGUGCUUGUUUUUGAUCCUCAAACGCCUGUGCCAUCGUGCGUACGUGUUGUUAAUUUUGGCAGCAAGGUGUGGAGCGCGGGGUUUCAUCCUGGCACUGAAGACAUCAUUCUUGUCGAUAACAAGACAGGUGUUUGGAGACUGGAUGGACCAAAUGCCAGGUCGUUAGAUGCCCGACGUCGGAAGCAAGCCCAUGUUGCUGCUGUUGCUUCUCGUAUGGCGUCCAAGAACGGCGAACGUGAAGCCAAGGCACUCAGCACUAUUUACAAUGCUGCGAAUGAUGGUUGCGUUUCACAGAAAAUAAAUCAAAGCAAAAUUACUGCACAAAACAGUACGACUGGCAACGGAUCUGCGUCUAGCAGUCUGUUCGAUGCACCGGCUCACGUGCUACCGUCAAUGACGGUUUUGUACCGAUCAUUUAUGGAUACGAUGCUUCCAAAAUCGCACCAGGUCAUAGGGAGCAGCAAGACGUCAAAGGAUGCAAUUGACGAAGCUACGAGCUCUCAGACGAAGAAGAAUAAACGGCGCAAAAAGCAGCUUCAACAACAGCAGCCUGUAGUAGAUUUUUCAGCCAACGAGAAUAGUGAACAGCGCAAGCGCAUGAAGCUCCAGGUAGAGAAGGACCUGGCCAACCCAGAAUUGCAGCAGCAGACGUAUUCCAAGCUAUUAGAGACAUUUCGCAACAGUAAAGCGCGUCGGAGAAAAGUUGUGCGUACUAGAUUGGUCAAAGAGACGAAGCUUAGGAGAGGAGUUUGUCAUGUCUUGUCGCAGGAAAUCACAAGCCCUUAA